CUGCAUAAAGAAGAGCUUUCAUUUAUUAAUCGGUAAGUCAUUUUUUUUUUUUUUUUUUUUAUAGAAAUAUUCAUGAAAGAUCGUUAGCAUCCGUGGGGUCAUCGAUUUAUUAUUGGUGAAGCACUGUUUGACAAAUUUUAAUUUGUGAUGGAAUUGAGUUUCUAAUAUUUAAAGUCAGCACAUGUACCAAAAUUAAUAUAAUUUGAAUUCAUUCAAAAUUCACAUCAAAUACGAUAUGGAAGAUUAUCCACUCUAAUAUUCCAUAGAGACAAAACUUCUGUAUUAUAAAAUACUACAUCAAUAUAUGUAUAUAAAUAAAAUAAAUAAUAAUUAAAUUAACAAAUCUAGUUUUCUCUUUUUUUCCUACUAGUUUGUCUAAAACUUCUUCUGCUGUAAUUGGAGUAUUUCUAUAAACUGCCAUAAAUGUUGGGCUAUUUAGCCAUUCCUGUAACAAAUACAUUUUUAAUUUAUCAAUAAAAUGUAUUUCAACUAUUACAAAUUAUAUUUUACUUUUCAUUGUAUUUCUUGUGUAAGUCUUUAAUCUUUUUAAACAAGAGAACAUUCUUUCCAGAGUAGCGGUUGAAACCAGUAAAGUACAAAAUGUGCUCAAUAAAUUAAACAUAUUAGGAUAUAUUAUGAUAUUAAAUUCUUUAAUUGCAUCUAGCCUUGAUUUAGGUUUGUUUGAAAUUCUUUCUAGUUUGAUUUUCCAUUACAUUAUAGUAUUUACAUUUAGAAUAUUACAUUAUAGUGCAUACCUAAUAUAUAAUAUAAGCAAAAAAAAAAGCUAAUGGGUGGUAUUUGAUCCCCCCACAUUCUCCUCCCUUGUAUACACCACUGCUGCCGGGAUCGCUUGCUCAGACCGUUUUAAUCAAAAAUAACCCUAGAUUUGUUAUGCAAAACCUCAUCGGACAAAUAUUAGGGAAAAGUGAAAAAGCAUUUUGGGUGCACCUAGAGACUUAGCGGGGUCACUAUGGUUUGAACAUUUGUAACUCUAAAUGAUGGACUUAAUCUGACUUCAAUAAAAAAAACUUUGUUAUCAAAAUACCAAAAACUACAAAUCAUAGAAAUAAUAAAAACGACCACAUUUUGGAUUAAUUACAAAAAAUGCUGUUUCAAGAUUUAUGUACAAUAAUUAUAUAAGUAUAAUAGGUAAGUUUUGAUUAUACCAAUGGAUUUAGCAUUAAAAAUCACACAUUUUAGAAAAAAGAAUUUAAAAAUGUUUAAUUCUCACUAAAAAAUACGCGAAACAGAAAACCCGAAUUUCAUGAAGUUUCCCCCCCAUAACUUCCAAAUGAAGUUCGUCCGACUUUUUUUUUUAGAUUGUUAAUGUACUAACAAAAAAACACAUUUUGAAAUGAAUAAUGAGGAAAAUCAAUUUGGGUUGUAAACUAGAUUUAUACCUUAAUUUGAUUAUGAUCUCAAUUCUAAUACCGAUUAUGAUUUCUGAUAAAAAUGAAAAUAACCAAAGAGGUAGGACAUGACGUGAUUUCCGGGCUAUAUUGAACUCCUAGUAAUUAUAAUACGUGUUAUCUUUAUUGACGUGUUAUCAAUUCAAUAGUAAAACUUUUUUAACAUCAAUUGUAUAAACGAACCGAAAAAAAUAAUAUCUAUUUUAAUAUUUUGUAGACUAGAAAGUAGAAACUUUUACCGACCAAUAAUUAAUAGUAAACAUAAUCCUUAAAUUAAAUAUAAUACAAUUGCAGUAAUGUAAUUUAUGCAUUCCAAUUUUUGUUUUUAGGCUGAAAAUAUAUUUUAUUUGAAAGUAAUUGCAAUUAUUAUUUUUCACUGAAACUAAAUUUUAAUCUUGAAUAAAUAGGUCUUUUUAAUAUUUUAAGAUGUAUGCGGCCAAUGGAUUAUAUAUUGUACAAGGCGAGCUGUCAGCUUUGAUUUCUGCACUGAAAAGAGAUCACAACUCUUAUCAAGUAAAUUUUAAACUAUUCAACAUAAUGUUUAAAUUGAACAUAUAUAAUUAUAUAAAUAAAAACCAUAUUCAAGUAAUCUAUAAGAAUUAAAAAUUAAAUUUAAAUAUUUGUUUUAAUUAUUAUUUACACAUUUAAAUCAUAAGUAAAUGUGUAUCUGUUCAAUUAUUUAUAUAAAGUUCAGUUAUUUUCAUUAAUUAACAUUUAUUUUACAGGAUGAAGAAAGAUAUUCACCAUGUAAAAGGUUAUUCAAAUUACGGGAUGCUGUUAAUCAAGUGGAAGACUUAAUGUCUCUUAAUUUUGAUAGCGUUUUGGGUAACAUAUUUGCUGAAUACUUAUUAUUAUUUUUAUUAAUACAAUUUUAUAAUUAGAACCAUUUUUGGAAGUGAUUCGCUGUGAAGAAAUUACCGGUCCUGUAACAAGCCUUUCAUUGAUGUCAAUUUAUAAAUUUAUAAAUUAUGGACUAAUAAAAAAGUGUAAUUACAACUUAUUAGUUAUUUAAUUUACUUUUAUUUAAAUUUAAUAUUGUUUAGGUGUUCCUGAGUCAAAACUAUUGACAACUGUAGAAGAUAUUGCAGAUGCCAUUAUUCAUACUAGAAUUUUUGGGACUGAAAAAACUAGUGAUGCUAUAGUAUUAAUGAAAAUAUUACAAGUUUUAUAUUGUUUGAUGAUGUCUCCUGAAGGAGAAUAUCUUCCAAAUGAGAGUGUUUGCGAAAUAAUGAUGAGCUGUUUUCGUUUUUGUUUUCAAGUUAGACUGAGUGGUAUGUAAACUAUUAUAUUGACCAAAUAUUAAGGUUUAUUUGUUUUUUAUUAUGUGUAUAGAAUCUGUACGUUCUUAUGCUGAGCACUGCUUGAAAGAUAUUAUAAAACUUCUUUUCUCAAGAUUAGUUACAUUAAGUAAAGAACAAGGAAAUUCUUCCAAAGUUUGUUAAACCAAUUUAAAUACUAAUAAUAAGAAAUUAUAGAAAAUUUAAAUUAUUUUUUUAAUUCUACAGAAGUUAGGCCUUAAUAUGAAGAAUUAUGGUGAUUCUCUAAGUAAUUGUAAUGACGAUGAGGAAAAUACAGAAGAGAUAGUUAACUCAAAUGAGGAAACAAAAUUACCUGUUGUUGCAACUUUACCCGAGGUAAAUUAAUUCUAUAUUAUUUUAAUCAAAUAAAAAAAUGUUUUUUUUUUAAAUAAUGUUUAAUUCACUUUGCAUUGUAUUGGGUUUCUAUAUUACUCGUAGACAUUACUAGUGAUAUAUUUUGUAUACUAUAUGUUAAGAUUAUAAUAUUUAUUAUAAAAUAUAAAUGUUCUUAAUAAUAUUUUAGUUUUUAAAUUUAUCUAUGAGUUUUUAAACUCUAAAUUGAAUGUAAUGCCAUAAUUUAAAUUCUGGUGAUAAAAUUUUUCUAUUAAAUAGAUAACAAGUAUGUCUGGGUGUGGUACAUUUUAAAAUUUACCUUCUAUUCAAUUUAUUUAAAAAUAAUCUAUUUUAAUAUGGUAAAUUUAAUUCUAGGUCUAUUCUAUAUUUGUUUGAAUAACCAUUUAAAUACUAAAUUUUUAAAAUAAAAUAUAAAUUAUUUUAGGUAUUUAGUUAAAAGUAAUUUCUUAUAAAAUAUUAAUUAAAACUUAAUUGUUUUAAAUAUUAGUGCGAUGUCAAUGCUAUCACUGAACCUACGGAGUUAGGUGUAGGAAUUGAAAGAGAACCUUCUCCAUACUGUGAAAUGUUGACGGAAGAAUUACCAUUAUUAAAAAAUGGUAAACUAUGAUUGACAAAAAAAUAAACUUUCUAUUAUUUUUAACUUUUUUCUAAUAAAUUAUUAUUUAAAAGAAAAUGUAACAGAUUUGAAUGAUGAAAAUCAUGUAGUAGAUGAAAAUAAAAAGGAAUAUGUGAAUGGUCAAGGUGUAAGAUUUACAACCCAAAUACCUAUACCAUAUACUAGUAAGUAAAUUUAUUUUACUUGCAAAUUUUUUGAUUUUAAGUUAUCUGUUUAUCUUCUUAUUAUUCAUAAAUGUGUGUACUACUGUUAUAUGUAUAUUGUGCUUUUAGGAGUUCCGUAUAACAGUGGCUGUGUAUUAGAGCUCAUUAAGUUUCUAGUAGAUUCUUGUGAUCAACAGAAUCAACAUAAUACUGAAGUAAUGAUUGGUGUUGGGCUCAAUCUUUUGAUUAUAGCUUUUGAAGUUGGUGCAAAUGCCAUUAAAUGUCAUACCAACAUGCAUUCCAUUAUAAAAGAUCAACUAUGUCGUAAUAUACUUUCUGUAUGUAUAAUGUACAUUAAUUAAAAUUAAAAUUUGGUUUUAUGUAUUAGUUAUUAAAAAUGUAUUUAUAUUUAUUUAGCUAUUAUCUUAUGAGAAAAUGCCAAUAUUCAGUUCUAGUCUUCGACUUGCUUUUUUAGUGUUUGAAUCAAUGCGUCAGCAUUUAAAAUUUCAACUGGAAUAUUAUAUGUCAAGUUUAAUAAACAUUGUCGUUAAUGAAAAUUCUAAAAUUCCAUAUGGCAAAAAAGAAAUGGCUCUAAGUAUAUUUUAUCAUUAUAAUUAAAUUAUUAUCAAAAAUAUUGUUUAGUUUUAACAUAUAUAUUUGUUUUGUUGUUGCUGUAGAAUGCCUUGUUCAACUAUGGAAGAUUCCAGGUUUAGUUACCGAACUUUAUUUGAAUUAUGACUGUGGACUUUAUUGUUCAGAUAUAUAUGAAGAUAUCACUAAACUUUUAUCAAAAGUAAGUUAAUCAAAUAAAGUUGCACUUUUAACAAAUUCUAUUUCAUUUAAUUAACACAAUUUGUGUUUAAUAUAUCUGUUGUAGAAUGUUUUUCCAUUCAAUGAUAUUUAUAGUACCCAUUUAUUAUCAAUGGAUGCUCUUUUAGCUGUAGUUGAUUCUAUUGAACGACAUUGUCAUAAUCGCACUCAAUUCACUCAAAAAUCAGAAAGUAGUUCAACUUAUGAUGGUAAAAUUUAAAUAUUAUUCCAUGUUAUGAUUUUAUUAUAUUUUAUAUAUUAUAUGGUUUUAGUUUCUGAAGAUCAAAAAUCAGAUUCUGAAAUUCAAUUUGAGCGGUGGCAACCAGACUUUUCAAUUAAUAUACCAAGCCAUGAAGAAUUAAUGGCCAUCAAGAGAAAAAAAAAGGUUUAAAAUAAAGCUGUAUACUUAUUUACAUUUAAACUGGGUGUAUAAUUUAAUAUUAUUGAUCAAUCUUUAAAUGGUUUAAAUUAUUUAAUUGUAUAUUUCUAGUUUCUACUAAAAUACAUUGUCCCAUACAGAAUAUUAAAAAAAAUAUGUUAAUAUUUUUUAGUUACUUACCUCUGGUACAGAAAAAUUUAAUACAAAACCAAAGAAAGGAAUAGAAUUUUUACAAGAACAUGGUCUUUUAUCAACGCCAUUAAACCCAGUCGAAAUUGCUAUGUUUCUUAAAGAGAAUCCUCUAUUAGAUAAAAAAAUGAUUGGAGAAUAUAUUAGCAAUAGAAACAAUGUAGAUGUUCUAAACAGCUUCAUUAAGUAUGUAUAAUUACCAAAACUGUGUUAUUUAAUAUUAUAUAAUUAAUAAUAAAUCUUCUUUUAAAAAGUUCUUUUGAUUUAAAUGGUACUCGUGUUGAUGAAGCAUUAAGGAUGUAUCUUGAAGCAUUUCGAUUACCUGGAGAGUCUCCUCUAAUUUCAUUUGUCUUAGAACCAUUCACAGAAUAUUGGCAUGUAAGUUAUAAAUAUUGAUAUAUUUUGUUUAAUAGUUCAAAACAUUGAAUCUGUAAAUUUUAGAAAUGUAAUAGUGAACCUUUUGCAAACGCUGAAUGUGCAUUUUUGUUAGCCUAUGCAAUUAUUAUGCUAAAUGUUGACCAACACAAUCAAAAUGUUAGACGAAUAGAUCAACCUAUGACAACUGAUGCAUUUAAACGAAAUUUAAAAAAACUGAAUGGCGGUGAAGAUUUUGAUCAAACAAUGUUGGAAGAAAUUUACAAAGACAUAAAGUAAAAUUAACAAUUUUAAUUUUGUUAACUAUAACUAUCAAAACUUAUUUUUUAGAUCAAAAGAAAUUGUUAUGCCUGCAGAACAUAGUGGUGCUGUUUUAGAAAAUUAUUUAUGGAAAGUAUUAUUACGGCGUGCAGCAAGUAAAGAUGGUUCUUACAUUCAAGCACCGAGUGGAGUUUUUGAUCAUGAAUUGUUUUCUAUUUGUUGGGGUCCUACUUUGGCCGCAUUGAGUUUCAUAUUUGAUAAAUCUAAUCAUCAAGCAAUUUACACAAGAACUAUCUUUGGUCUUAGGUAACAUUCAGUUUAAUGUGUGUUAUAAAGAAAUAAACGUGUAAACAAAUAUUAUAUGAUUUAAAAAUUUAAAUAAUACUAAGCCAUGAGUAUUAAUUUUUUUUUUCUUUGUGACAGUUUGGAAAAAUAAAAUAUUUCAAAUCAUAUAGUAUUUAUUUAUAUAUUGUUAUUAAGUAAUAAUCAAUAUAAUUAUUUUUUUUAUUUAAUUUUUACGUUAUUAAAAGGUACUUGUAGUUAAUUAUCGCAACAUUAUUGCAGACUAACUUAUUAAUCUAUACUUGGUUCCCACAACAAACUAAGAUAGUAUGGCUUGGUAAUAGAACCAAUAUUUGUGGACUUCUGGUCCAAGUUUCAAUACAGAGUUUUCGUGGGGGGAAACAGAACCUCAAGCUCUAAAAACCCAUAAAAACCAUCGCUAAAAUUAUUCAUGAAUCAUGCAUACAAUUUUACUUAUCCUAAAACUGUUAUUCACAUUUAAAAUAUAGAACUAUUAUGUAGAAUAUUAUCUAUUAUCGGAUACAGAAACAUAUAGAAACAGCUCAUAAACAUCUCAAUAGUUAUCUGAUUGAGCUUAUGUAGCAAGAAUCACACAUCAGUUCAUUUAUUAGAAUUAGUAUAACAUUGGUUACUACAUAAAACAUAUUAGGAUUAUAUACAACAGUUUAUACUAUAUUUUAUUUUUAAACUGUUAUUCAUCUACUAUGUUUACCAAUUGAAAAUGUAUUUUUCUUUAUAAUUAUUUAUCUACAUUAUUUUAUGCUAUAUCUAUUUAUCAUAAUUCUGUCAAAUUAUAUGUAAUUUAAUAAUAGCAUGACAAUAGUUAAUAAUAAAACGGGUAGUCACUAUCACUGACAUUUGAUUAUCGUGGUAGUCUCAAUAACUGACAAGUACCAAUCAAAAGAAGAAGUAUUAGUUAUUUUCAUGUACACUUAUAUAUUAUAUUUUAGAAAAUGUGCAUUUAUUUGUGCUCAUUAUGGGAUGUGUGCUGAAUUUGACAGUUUAAUCAUGUCAUUGUGCAAAUUUACCAAUUUACAGAACAACUCAGAUGUAAGUUUAUUAUCUAUAAUUUUAUGUAAUUCAAAAUAUUACAUAAUACAAAUUAUUAUUAUAUAAACAUUUUUAUAAAAAAUUAUUUAUAAUUAAAAUGGUUUUUUUAAAAAAUCUGAAUAUUACUCAUUUGUGGCUUAAUAGAUAAAUAAAAUAUUGUGUGGUUUAUAAUUUGAUUAUCCUUUAAAUUUAGUGUCCAGAAAAUGUUACAAUACUAUUUGGAAGUAACCCAAAAACUCGUUUGGCUACACGCACUCUUUUUAGUCUAACUCAUAUGUACGGUGAUAUCAUCCGAGAGGGUUGGUCGAGUAUAUUUAACAUAAUUUUACAAUUAUAUAAAUGCAAUCUGUUGCCGACUAUUUUAGUUGAGGUAUAUCAUACUUAUUAUUUUUUAUAUAUUCAAAAUUACAAUUAUUAUAUUUUUCCAGUCUGAAGAUUUUCUUGAACUAAGUGGUAAAGUAUCAUUGAUACGCGAAGCAGUGCCUCCUGGGUCACAGAAAUCAGAAUCCAGUUUGUUCAGCUCACUUUACUCUUAUAUAACUUCUGGCGGUGGUAAGCUUAAACAUUAUCAGAUUUAUUAAUUGAAGUUAAAAAUUCAUGAUUUAAUUUAAUAAAUAUAUAUAGAGACUAUUAAUCAUAAAAUACAGACAUCAAACGAAGCAGAAUUAAUUAAUACAUCUAGAGAUUGUAUAUCUGAAAGUCGAUUAGAAAGUCUAAUUACAGAAUCUAAGUUUCUUACUAUAGAAUCAUUAGAGGCUCUAGUUAAAGUAAGUUUAUCAGUAUAUAAGUAGAUUUUCACUAAACAUUUUGUAACAUUUGUUAUUUAGGCAUUAAUUGGUACAUUUUAUAAACCAGAAGGCGUAUUAGCACUUGGGUCUCGAGAAAACGAAAACUCGGCUAGUUUCUUAUUAGAAAUGCUUCUUAAAAUAGUUUUACAAAACAGGUGAGAAUGUGAGAAUUGCUUUGUUCAAAAAAUGAAUUAUGUUUAUAAAUUAACUUAACGUAAUAAUCACAGAGACAGAGUUAACACCAUAUGGGAAGCAGUUAAGCAACACCUAUACAAUCUUAUAACAGGUGCUGUAGAUCAUAAUCACAAGUUUCUUUUGGAGCGCACUGUUGUUGGAUUAAUGAGGUUGGCAUCCCGACUUAUGAGACGCGAAGAAAUAAGUUCAAUGGUAAACUUUUUACACCAGUUUCUUUUUAACUUUUUAAUUGUCCAUUUUUUAUUUUGUAAUCUCAUUUAGGUAUUACAAUCAUUAAAUGUCCUACUAUUACUCAAUGCAGAUGCUUUACUAGUAGUGGGCCGUCAAAUAGCUUUUGGAAUGUAUGAAUUAUUAAAAAUGUGUGCUGCAAAUAUUCAUACCAGAGACGAUUGGACAUUAAUUUUCUCUAUUCUAGAAUAUGUCGGUGCUGGAAUUACUGUAUCUAAAGGCCACAAUAUAGGUACGGCAUAUAUUCUAUUUAACCUGUCACCACUCACAUGUGUUUUGACGCUGCAUUUAUUUGUGUAGGAUUAAAAUUUACCUCGUGAUUUUUUGUACACCAUUAGUAGAAACUGUUUAUUAUGAAACUGGUUAUAGUCACAAACUAGGUUUAAUGACGUUUAAUUAAAGGUCCCAACAAUACUUUUAUAUUGGAAUAAUCCUAUGUUUUAAUUUGUAAAAACCAGCAGACAACUAAUAAAUAAUAACAAUACUACUAAUAAGCAAUUAUCGAAUUGCAUUAGAUUACCACAAUGAAGAGAAUGAAAAUAAUUCCAAAAAUAACUUAAAAUAUAUUCCCAUAUGUUAUCAGAAGAUACUAAAUGUUAUAUACACAAUACUAUAAGAUUGGUUUCAAAUGUACAUUUCAAGUUUGUUCGGGAUAAAUAUUUACACCGUGCGAGUGGUGAUAGAUUAAAAGUUUAAUAUAUUUUCCAAUUAACAAAUAUAAUUUUAUAGAUAAUCGAUCUGAUAAUGAGGUUGUAAGUGUGAGUGAUAGUAAUGAUGAUAGCGGUUUAGAUGUCAAAUCAAUUAAUAAUAUUUCUACACCUUCAUCUUCGCCACUAGAUGGUAAAUCAGAGUGGUUAAAGGUAAUAUUAUAAUCAUUUAUUAUAGGCACACAAAAUAUAGUAAGUAUUUCCAAUGAUUAAUAUUUUAAUAUAGAUUGAAUCAAAUGAAGGGGUAUUAGAAAUUUGGCCAGAGUGUUUACCAUUUAAACGCCAUGACGCUUUUUCAUUUGUCAAAUGCUGUGAAUGUCUGGCAUUUUUGGUGCGUAAUAUCGCUCAUAUUACUCCAUAUAAUUUUACUAAAUGUGUUUCUGUCAUAAAAAAUUUUGCACGGGCCAGUUUACAAACAAGUAUGAAGAGUUUUCAGUGUUUUAGUGUUAUACAAUUUUUAAACUUUUGUAGUCAUAUGUUCAAAUAUAUUUAUUAUAGAAGAAAAAAAUAUACGACCAAAAUUUAGUGAUAAAUCAAACAAAAAUAAAGCGUACAACCCAUAUGAUGCUGAUGAUAGUGAUCCGGAAGACAUUCCGAGUAGUUAUACACAGGUCUCUAUCCAGGUAUUUCUUUCAUCCAUAAUUUAAUAUGCUGAAUACGUAUAUUAUACUUGAUCACACAAUAAUUCAAAAAUGGUUUCUUUAGUUGCUGGACCUUAUGCACACGUUGCACACAAGUACAGCGGACAUAUACCGAUGGUGGGCAGAAGAAAACCCAGACACAGAGCUUAUAUCAUUAUGGAACCAUGGGUGGUGCCCCUUACUUCAAGGCAUAGCUAGUCUAUGCUGUGAUUGCCGUCGUGAUGUAACUUAACUCAAUUAUAUUUCACACAAUUUUAUUUGUAUACAUUUGUAAUUGUACCUAGGUAAGAAUGAGCGCUAUUACAUACUUACAACGUGCUCUUCUAAUGCAUGACUUGGCCACUCUAAACAGUGAUGAAUGGGAAGCAUGCUUUCGGAAAGUAUUGUUCCCUUUAAUGAAUAAACUCUUAGAGUGUAGUAUGAACAUUGAUCCAAGUGGCUUAGAUGAAACUAAAAUGCGAUCUACCACAUUAUUGUCAAAGGUUGUUACAGUUUUCUCUUAACUAUUGAAUAUUUUUCUAUUGAUAAUAAAUCAAACACCUAUACUUUAAUGGAAUAUGUACAUUUUACUAUAGGUAUUUUUACAUCAUUUGACUCAGCUUCAAUCGUUACCGACAUUUGUAGAUCUAUGGAUAACUGUUCUCGAACUGAUGCAAAAGUUUAUGAUAUCUGAUAAUAGUGAUACUUUGGUAUAAAAUUCAAAAUCAAUAAUAAUAUAUUUCUUAGACUGUUUUUUUUCUUUUUAUUAUUAUUAUUUUAAUUAUUUCAAUAUUUAUAUUAACAGAGUGAAGCUAUUCCAGAAACACUGAAAAAUAUGUUAUUAGUAAUGUUAAAUGGAAAAGCUAACAGUAAAGAAGAAUUACAUAGUAAGCAGAUUUUCUGGGAUGCCACUUGGACUAAAGUAAAUACAUUUUUGCCUCAAAUGUCAAAUGAGUUAAUUCAACAUCAUAAUAGCAGACAAGUCACCGACCAAGACCACAGUAAUUAAUAAAAUAAAUAUUCAUCUUUCAAAACCGUUAAUUUACAACAAUUUUUAAUUAUUUUAUUAGACUGUCAACUAUCAAAUGCCACUUCAGAUUUACCUGAUGUAACAGCCAUUCCUCUAGUACCAUUUGCACCAGGUGUUGUUAUGCCUCUUGAAUCGCCAAAUCCUUUAAAAGUAACACAGGAUGCUAUAAAUCAUCAAACUAUAUCUAAUCCGAUACUUUAUCAAAACAAUGAUCAAAGCAGUUUAAUAGGUAUUCAGAAUUUUGACAAUCAGACUCUAUAUAUCGAGUAAAUAAAUAUAUUACUUAUUACUAUUUUACAUAACCAUUGAUUUUCAAUGCAAAAAACCUAAUCAGCUUUUCACUUUAAUCAUUUGUCUUAUUUAGGGAUGAUUCCAAUGACGAAUUAAUUGCAGUUAUUACAACGGUUCCAAUAUCUCAGCCUUACAUACCACCAAUUAAGAGUGAAGAAACAGAAAAUUGUUAGUAAAAAUAAUUAGUUAAACAUGAAAAUUAUUUUUCCACUAUACAAUGAUUAAAAGGGGAAAAUAAUUUUAUGGAAAUUAAUGUUUAUAGUAUUUCUUAUUCAGUGAUUAUAGGUAUAUUACAUAAUAUAAUAUAUAAUAAUAGUGAGAGUUAUUUAUUUUUCAGGUAAUAGCCAAACCAGUUGUCAACCAGCCGAAACACAGAAUUAAAACAAUAUCGUACUGUUAUAUCCUUAUUCAUUUUAUGUUAUACAUGUCAUUUAUUU